UAACAUUCCAAAUCAAAUCGAACUAACCCGAGUAUACAUGUGCUUUCCCUUCUAAAACUGUCUUCCCCACGCAAAAACAAAAAAUAAUCUCAGAAAUAGGGCAACGCUCUGAGAAAGUUUAUUUCAAUUGUCAUGGCGCAACCGGCGAUACCCACCUCCCGCGCAACUUCUCCUCCCCUGCCACAGUCGGAGUCUAAUAAAGAUCCGGCGGGAUCGAAAAUAUUACCCCAAAACCCUGCACGCAAUCCUCCGCCGGCACUAACCGAAACUAUGCAAUCUCAGUCUCAGCAACCUGCGUCAAUCCCCUCCAAAUCAAUCGCUAAUCUCCAGAAGCUCUCCACUGCGCUUUCCGCCUUCCAGCGAUGCUUCAACGAGCUACAGGGACACAUUAGUUCUAUUCAGACCGCCAUCGACUCCGUAGUGCACCCAGAUGCAGCCAUCGACUGCGCAGUCCACCCAGAGACGACCAUUCUGAAGCCUCAACCGCCACGGGUUAAAAAAGACGAAUCUCCUAUUGUCCCGUGUAAACAAGCUUCUUCCUCGGUUUCCGUUGAAGAGAACAAAUCGAAAUCAAGUCGUUCGGAACUAGAAGACCUCUGCCGAACUAUGAAUAGCCGUGGACUCCGGAAGUAUAUGGCUUCACAGCUCUCAGAAAUUAGUAAACUGAGGGAGGAAGUUCCUAAUGCAUUGAAGCUUGCCCCCAAUGUAGCUCGGCUUGUUUUGGAUUGUUCUGGAAGGUUUUUUCUUCAGGGAAGUAAGGCCUUUGCUGAUGCAAAAUCUCCUAUGGUCCCAGCAAGGGAGGCAUCUGUGUUGAUUCUAGAAUGUUUUUUGUUGAUGGGGAUCGACCAAGGGGUUGAGAUUGAGAAAGCUGUGAAGGAAGAGGCAGAACAGGCCGCUGGGGCAUGGAGAAAGAGGUUGAUCAAUGAAGGAGGCCUGGGGAAGGCUUGCAAAAUGGACGCUCGCGGUUUGCUAUUGCUUGUUGCGGGCUUUGGAAUUUCAGGAUUGCUUGAAUAUGAAGAUUUUAGGGAUUUGUUUCAGGCAAGCAAUGCCAAUGAAAUUAAAAUUGCUAUUCAGAAAUCAAGUUUCCUCAUGUCUAAGAUUUCUGAAGUGAUUGAUUGGAUGGUGAAGAAUAAGAUGGAAGUUGAUGCUGCCAACCUUGCCUACACUUGUGGACUGGAAAAGCAGAUUAAUCCUCAAAAACUCUUGAUUUCAUUUUUACGGGAAUCUAAAGAUUCUUAUAACAAGAGAAAAGUAACAGCAAAGGGUUCCCCCUCAGCAAUGAUGGAUUCAAAUAAGAAGCAAUUGUCUGCUCUGAAGUCGGUUCUCAAGUGCUUGGAAGGUCACAAGGUUGACCCAGCAAAACUUCUUCCUGGAUGGCAAAUCAAUGAGAUGAUCGCAGGCGUGGAGAAAGAAAUCACUGAGCUAAACAAGAUAACAACAGUCCAAAAGAGAAGAGCUGAUGAACCUGCCAAGCCAACUGCAAAGUUGAAAAACCACAACGUCAAACGCUCACGUGUAGAUGAUGGCAUUCCAAAAAGCCACUUGCACAGUUAUUAUGUAUCCCCAACCACAUACCCCGCUGGCGGUCAUGGAUCGAUGACCGAUAAUAUGAUCGGAGGUGUGCUCACAGGUGGACCAGGUGCUGGUGGUGUAUCAUCCAUUACAAAUUCCUUAAUGCACAGCGGUGGGCCCUACGCUGGGUCUGCUGACAUGACCGACUACAACACUCAGCAGAGAUAUCAGCUGCGUAGUGAUAGUGCUGCUGGCCUGUAUGAGAGAAUUGGCGGUAGCUCCCAGAGCUAUGCGUAUGUGCCCUCCUCCUUGGAAAGCUCUUUAGCAUUAAGAAGCGCUGCCUCUGCAGGUAGGAACACAACUUCUGACCAUUAUCCAUCCUCAUUGGAAAGCUCUAUAGCAUUAAGAAACACUGCCCCUGCAGGUAGGAAGACUACAUCUCACCAUUAUCAGUAUGCUGAUGUGGCGGCAUUGGAAAUGGAUGCUUACCAUGGAAUCAGUGCACGUUCUGCCAGUGGUUUGUCCACUGCUGUUCCUUCUCACCACCAUACAUCCUAUAUGUUCUGAACUUCCUUUUUGGAACUUAUUUAUAUUUUCUUGAAGUGUUGUAGCAUAUCCAGUGUAUCAGGGGCCUAGUGUUCAGCUGAACUCUUCAAGACUUGAAAUUGACAAUUACAAUGUUGAGCCUAAGUUGCUAGGUGACAUUUUGCAUUUCUUUGUUAUUUAGGACACACCCUGAACAAAAUAGAUGAAGUUCCUAGGCCUUGAGCGCAAGACAACCAAAUUUGAUAUCAAUGAAGACACUAUUAUAAAUUACAUGGACUUUCACGACAGAUCAUAUGAAUG